AUGGGGUCUCUGCACGAAGACUAUGGAGCGGCUUCUGGCCCCCUCCAGGCAACCCAGAGUGCCGCUCUGCUGGAAUCCCUGGACUCCCGUGUGGCCGCUUUGGAGGAGAAGGUCCGUCGGGACCCGCAGUGGGGUGAGCUGCGGAGGCUGAGAGCGGAGGCCUGCAAGGAGGCGUGGUGGGCGGCCCCUUGCCCGGACACCCCCUGGACUUUCACUGCCCAAGCCUUGCUCCUGCUGCUGUGCCUGAAGCGGUGCAUGGCUCUCUUGGCGGCUGGCUACUGCCCACCUCCACCGGACUCCAGGGCGGCCGAAGCGGCUCCCCCUCUGAGCCCCGACACCCUCAGCGUCUCUCAGGAGAAGACCGUGCGGGUGGCGCUGCAGCUGGUGGUCACCCUGGGCCUUUGCCCGUAUCUUUUGCCGGGCGUUGGGCUUCCCCUGAGCCACAGGACAGAGUUCAGCGCCCUGGUUCAACACGUGGUCUCCCCUGGCAGCACCUCUGGCGCCACGCGCAGGCUCUAUGCCACUUGCACCGUCCUGCUGGAGCUCGCACAGCACCCGUCUCUGGGCAGCCUCCUCCUCACACGCCACCUCGGUGAUCUCCUGGCGGGGCUGUGCCAGCUGGCCUUUGGCCCGACAAAGAGGAAGGGUGACCAAGCGGAGCUGCAGGAGGAGCGGACGGGCCUGACCGAAGAGGAGCGAACCCGCUGCAGGGAGGCAUUGCGAGGCCUUUUGGACCGAGUUUACCAGCCGCUGGUGGUUCGAGAGCUGCUGAUUCUUCAAGGAGGAUCGAAACAGGCCUCUCGUUCCAGUGGGUGCGAGGGGGAGUGUCGUCUGGCUCCAGCUCCAGCCUGGCUGCGGCGUCUCUGUGGGCAGCUGCUCUCCGAGAGGCUGAGAAGACCUGGGGGGGUUCAGGCUGUGGUCCGUGGCAUCCUGGAGGGAGCAGGAGCUGGGGCUGCGGGGGGCAGUGAUGCGGAAGCAGCAGCAGCUGACUGGCGGAAGUGUGACUCGGUCGCCAGGAUCCUGUCUUCUUGUCCUCAGCAGUCCCUCUCUUUGGAAGAUUACUACCGGCAGGUGUGCCCCCAGAUUCUGCAGCUGCUUCUCAUUCAGGAUCAGCUUGUCGCCCGGCAGUUCCAGAGAGUCGCCAUCACGACGGUGCUCACCAUGGCCAGAGAACACCCACAGCAGGCAGAGAAGUACCUGCUGGGCCCCAUGCUGGAGCCUCUCCUGCGCUGCUUGGAAGGGGCAGAGCUGUCUCCGGAAGACCUUCCUGCAGAGGCUGUGCUGGUGGAGGAGGAGGAGCUCACCGGAUGUGUGGAAAACGUCUUUAAGGUGUAUCUUGCCGACCACGCGCCUUCGGCCAUGCUGCUGGGCUCCUUGCAGCCAGCCCUGGGAGUCCUCUUCUCCCUCUGCUGCUUCACCAAGCAGAAUGUGUCUUUCUUACGCGCCCCGUGCCAGGAGAUCUUGCUGUGGUUCCUGGAGAAGUGCGAGAGGGAGGCGGCACUGUCUGUCCUGGAAGGCCUGGCGAGGCUGGGAGGGGCCGUCCGCUUUCUCCACCCGCUCUGCCAGUUCCGAGUGGCCAGCGAAGGGGGUGCCGUGGUCGCUCUCAAGGAGGCUGUCAGGGAUGAAGAAGAGGCGCUCUAUCAGAAGGUUUCCUCGGAGCAGUGGCAGCUGGAACAGCUGGUGGACUUGCUGUCUCUUAGCCAAGGGAGCGGCCUGGCUGGAGACUUCUUCCUCCAUUGCCUGAAGGAGCUGACACACGUGGCGGAACAAGGGGGUCCCAAGAUGGAGUCCGUCUUGCUCUCUGGCAAGAGUCCUGUGAACCUGGAGCAGUGCUGCAACCCGUCCCUCGAGCCCCAAGAGAGAGAGCUGCGCGUGCUGCAGCUGGUGGCCAUGCUGUGCGAGAGCAUCUCGGAUGCGCUGUUCACAGACGUUUUACAGGUUGUAGAGUUUGUUGCCGCGACCCUGAAGCGGGCCUGCGUGAGCGGAGGCGUGGUGGAGGCCCAGACGUUGAGCAUGGCCAUGGGGCUCGUGGCGGCCUUCCUCGGAGGGGCUGUGCAGCUGAAGUCGGCUGACUUUGCGGCCUUGAAGCGGCUGGUGCCUCUGCUGGAGGAGGUCUCUCGUGCGCACCCCGAGCCCGUCAUCCAGGAACUCGCUGCUGACCUGCGCGUUACCAUCUGCACCCACGGAGCCUUUUCCCCUGAGAGCGUCUGCUCUGCGGCUCAGAGCACUCUGGGCAAGAGAGAGGCGGGGGAGACAGCGCGCAAGGCGGCAGCCGAUGUGGACCCCGCAGAGAGACCCCAAGGAAAGGCGCUGGAGCCCACCGUGACACUGCCGCCGAUGCCCACGGAGAGCAGCGCGGCCGCUGGUCCUGCUGCCACGGCUCCCGGGAGGCUUCCAGCUGGGAAGCUGGUUGCGCACAGUCUCCCGGGCUCCCGGGCACUGCAGGAGCUCCUCUUGUCGGCUUAUGACCCCGACAUCCCCUCGAGAGCCGCUGCCUUGCGCAGCCUGUCCCGCCUGGUAGAGCAGAGGGACCCCGAGGUGCUGAAGAUCCGGGACAAGUUGCUCAAGAUAUUUGUGGAAAGCUUGGACCACGAAGACUCCUUCGUCUAUCUUUCGGCCAUCCAAGGUGUUGUCCUGCUGUCGGAUGCUUUCCCGGAAGAGGUUCUGCCCCCCCUGCUAGCCCGGUACGAGAGCAGCCCCCCAGGAGCACAGGAGGCGUGGCCGGUGGAGACCAGGAUGAAAGCGGGGGAGGCACUCAUGCGCAGCACCCGGGCUCUGGGAGACUUGGUCUUCUCCUAUCGAGACCGUUUGAUUCACGUUUUCCUGCGAGGAGCGAGAGACCCGGAGGCUGCCGUCCGAGCCAGCAGCCUGUCCAACCUCGGAGAGCUGUGCCAGAUCCUUCGCUUCCAGCUGGGCUCCGUGAUCCAUGAGGUGACUUUGUGUCUGGCAGCAAUAGUGAAGUCCGACCACGAGGCUGCCGUGCGGAGAGCGGCGGUCCACGUCGUGGUGCUCCUGCUGCGUGGGCUCAGUGAGAGUGCCACAGAGGUCCUCCGGGACGUUCUGCUGGACCUGUACCGCCUGCUGAAGUUUGUGAUGCAGUGUGAGGGAGACGAGGUCACCGUGCUGCACGCGCAGCUGGCGCUGGAGGAGCUGGACGCCAUCGUGAGGCGGUUCCUGUUUCCGCCUCCGUCCCUGGAGAAGAAGAUUGUGGUCCUCCCAUAGACUGGCAAAGAGGAGGGGCGGUGGCCGGUGGGUGGGGAGUCCUUGCAGGCCAGAGUCCCUUGUUGCUGUGAGCCUGGCCCCAGCUGGAAUGCUUCCUCCCCAGGGCCAUGAGGACACAGGCAGUUUGCAAAGGGGAGAAGCUGGGCCACAGGCCAAGGCAGGGGUGGCAGAAGUCCUGCCCUUGCUACGGGGUGGGGUUUGACCCUGGUCUGAAGUGGGCAAGGCUGUCUGGGGGGGGGGCGUGAUCCCAGGGCUGCUUCUGGUGUCCAGCAAUAAACCAGUGGAAACCCAUUCCCGGAGGACUCUGCGUGUCUCUGUACAGCGGCAAGAAGCACUCCCGGCC